UAGUUCUCGUGAAUCGCUCAUUUUCUUAUUCACUCGAUACUGCCACUCUGAUCUCUCCAGUUUUACGAAGUUCAAAGAGUGAUGGCUACGUGGAGAUUUUCUACGACGCCGAGCGGAGCGGAAGCGGUUUCGAGCUGCAAUGCGGUGGCUAGAUUCAUCGACUUCAGCCGCGGAAGAAAUAGCGGCGUCGUUUGCGGUGGUGGAGGGGGAAGCGGAAUCAAAGCGAAGCAGUUGAUGUUGAUGAGGAGGUGGCAAGUGAGGCCGAUGAGGAGGUCGUUUUCGGUAAGGAAUGUGUCGAGUGAGCCGCAACAGAAGGUCAAAGAUCCAGUAACUCAACAACAAGAAUCUCUGGGCACUGUUAGUCCCUUCCCUCCAGAUGCUUCAUCUAUUGCCUCUAGCAUCAAAUACCAUGCAGAGUUCACCCCAUUAUUUUCUUCUGAGAAAUUUGAUCUUCCAAAGGCUUUCUUUGCAACUGCACAAAGUAUUUGUGACGCUCUCAUUAUAAAUUGGAAUGCCACAUAUGAUUAUUAUGAAAGAUUGAAUGUAAAGCAGGCAUACUAUUUGUCAAUGGAAUUUCUUCAGGGUCGGGCACUGUUGAAUGCAAUUGGUAAUUUAGGGCUUACUGGAGCUUAUGCGGAUGCUUUGAGCAAGCUUGGGCACAACCUAGAAAAUAUAGCUUUCCAGGAGCCCGAUGCAGCCCUUGGGAAUGGUGGUCUUGGUCGACUUGCCUCCUGCUUUCUGGACUCUUUGGCAACAUUAAACUAUCCAGCAUGGGGUUAUGGACUUAGAUAUAAGUAUGGCUUAUUUAAACAGCGUAUUACGAAAGAAGGGCAGGAAGAAGUUGCUGAAGAUUGGCUUGAGAUGAGCAAUCCCUGGGAAAUUGUGAGAAAUGAUGUCACAUAUCCUGUCAAGUUUUAUGGCAAGGUUGUUGCAGGUUCAGAUGGAAAUAAACACUGGAUUGGAGGAGAAGAUAUAAAGGCUGUUGCAUAUGAUGUCCCAAUACCAGGAUAUAAAACUCAAACCACGAUCAACCUGCGACUUUGGUCAACAAAAGCUCCAUCAGAAGACUUUGAUCUAUUUGCUUUUAAUUCUGGAGACCAUAUCCAAGCAGCUGAGGCCCUAUAUAACGCUGAAAAGAUUUGCUAUGUACUCUACCCUGGGGAUGAAUCAAUUGAAGGCAAAAUCCUUCGCUUGAAGCAACAAUAUACCCUGUGCUCAGCCUCUUUACAAGAUAUCAUUGCACGUUUUGAGAGAAGAUUGGGAGCAAAGGUCAAAUGGGAAGAAUUUCCUGAGAAGGUUGCCGUGCAAAUGAAUGAUACUCACCCCACUCUUUGCAUUCCAGAGCUGAUGAGAAUUUUGAUUGAUGUAAAAGGUUUAAGCUGGAAGGAGGCCUGGAAUAUCACCCAAAGAACCAUGGCAUACACAAACCAUACUGUUCUACCUGAGGCUUUGGAGAAAUGGAGUUUAGAACUUAUGCAGAAACUGUUGCCUCGACAUGUGGAGAUUAUAGAAAUGAUUGAUGAGGAGCUAAUUCGCACUAUAGUUUCAGAGUAUGGCACAGCAGAUUCUAACUUACUGGAGAAAAAACUGAAGCAGAUGAGAAUUUUAGAAAAUGUUGAGCUGCCAGCUGCCUUUUCAGAUUUACUUGUUAAACCCGAGGAAAGUCCUGUUGCUGUUCCCAGUGAUGAACUUGAAAAGUCUGAAGAUGAAGAAGAAGAAGGAGAAGUAGAAGAAGAAGUUGAGCUUACUGAUGGAGAAAAUGUUGAGCUGCCAGCUGCCUCUUCAGAUUUACUUGUUAAACCCAAGGAAAGUCCUGUUGCUGUUCCCAGUGAUGAACUUGAAAAGUCUGAAGAUGAAGAAGAAGAAGAAGGAGGAGUAGAAGAUGAAGAAGAAGAAGAAGGAGGAGUAGAAGAAGAAGGAGUAGAAGAAGAAGGAGGAGUAGAAGAAGAAGUUGAGCCUACUGAUGGAGAAAAUAAACCUGUAAAGGAAGGCACUCAAGGAAAGAAAAAGAUCCCAGAACCAGUACGAGAUCCCCCAAAGAUGGUUCGUAUGGCUAAUCUAUGUGUUGUAGGUGGUCAUGCAGUAAACGGAGUUGCUGCAAUACAUAGCGAGAUAGUCAAAGACGAAGUGUUUAAUGACUUUUUUAAGUUGUGGCCCGAGAAAUUUCAAAAUAAAACAAAUGGGGUCACGCCAAGAAGAUGGAUCCGUUUCUGCAAUCCGAACUUGAGUAAAAUUAUAACUAACUGGACAGGCACUGAAGAUUGGGUUUUAAAUACUGAAAAGUUGGCUGAACUUAGAAAGUUUGUAGAUAAUGAGGAUCUUCAGGCCCAGUGGAGGGAAGCAAAAAGGAGCAACAAGUUAAAGGCCGUGUCCUUCCUGAAAGAAAAGACAGGCUAUAUAGUAAGCCCUGAUGCAAUGUUUGACAUCCAGGUGAAGCGCAUCCAUGAAUACAAGCGUCAACUGCUGAAUAUUUUGGGAAUUGUUUACCGGUACAAGAUGAUGAAAGAAAUGAGUGCUUCAGAAAGAAAAGAAAAGUUUGUUCCACGUGUUUGUAUAUUUGGGGGAAAAGCAUUUGCCACUUAUGUGCAAGCCAAGAGAAUUGUGAAAUUUAUCACAGAUGUUGGAGCUACUGUGAAUCAUGAUCCUGAUAUAGGUGAUUUACUGAAGGUUGUUUUUGUUCCUGACUACAACGUGAGUGUAGCUGAAUUGCUUAUCCCUGCAAGUGAGCUAUCACAGCAUAUCAGUACUGCUGGGAUGGAGGCAAGUGGAACCAGCAAUAUGAAAUUUGCAAUGAAUGGUUGCAUUCUGAUUGGGACCUUGGAUGGUGCCAAUGUUGAAAUACGAGAAGAGGUUGGAGAAGACAACUUCUUCCUCUUUGGGGCUGAAGCUCAUGAGAUUGCAGGCCUUAGGAAGGAAAGAGCUGAGGGGAAGUUUGUUCCAGAUCCUUGCUUUGAAGAUGUUAAGGAGUUUGUCAGAAGUGGUGUCUUCGGCCCUUACAACUAUGAUGAACUGAUGGGAUCAUUGGAAGGAAAUGAAGGUUUUGGUCGUGCAGACUAUUUCCUUGUUGGCAAGGACUUCCCUAGUUAUAUAGAAUGCCAAGAGAAGGUCGAUGAGGCCUAUAAAGACCAAAAACGAUGGACAAGAAUGUCGAUCUUGAAUACGGCAGGUUCUUACAAAUUCAGCAGUGACAGAACAAUUCAUGAAUACGCCCGGGAGAUAUGGAACAUAAAACCUGCCGAAUUACCAUAAUUGCCGAGACUCUGCAUUAAGGGAGCUGCCCUUUGCCAUAAAGCUUGUAAUAACUGCUCCUUUAUUAUCACAUUACCGUAUUUUCUAUCCUAUGUUAAGGAAAAAAUACCGGAAUAAGUGUAAUAUUCAUAAAUGCAAUAAAAUUAAGAAGUUUUGUCAUUGCAAAUCGCAUUAACCUUGUUUAGUUCU